AUGCUGCUCAGUGCUUAUAAACUACUCAAUAAGCAAGAGCUAAGGGCCCGUAACCUCAUGGCUUUGUACAAACCAGCCGAUGGCAUCCUAAGAACGAAUCUGACAUGGGAAGACCUACAGGAUGGCCUUUUCGAAGCCUUCGGCAAGCAGGCCAAACUUGGUCCGAACAAAACUGUUGAGGAUAUAGGGCAAGCAAAAGGCUUUCUAUCAAAAAUGUGCUUGAUAACGCCGGACUUUCCAAGCAAUUUCAAAGAAGCGCCAGCAAAGUUUGUUGUCAAGAUCUGCUCGCAGCUCCCGUUUUCGGAAUGUAAGGGAGCCAUGGGUGAACUGGAAGAGAAGUUUGUACACGAUGACUUCAGUAAAGCUAUUGAAGAAAAUGUAAGAAAGUCGCACAACAACGAGGUGACGCUCUAUUCGAUGCUUCACAAAUACAAUGUGCAAAAUGUGUACCACAUGAAAAAAUUCUCAGAAGAAAAUCCGCUUAAAGGAUAUAUCAUCAUGGACUACAUAGCAGGCAAUCUAUUGUAUCAUAUAUUCGAUAAUUUCGAACCGCAGGAUCUCCUACAGGCGCUUCGAAACGUCGCAGCACUCGAAGCUGCCUCUCUCAAGUUUACCGAAGAAGACAAAUCGCUAUUCAUUAAAGACAUAUUCAGUGAGAUGUUUGCGAAGGUUAUGGACGAGGAGUAUGGGAGCGAGGAACUGAGAGAAAGCGUAGAUAAACUUGAGGAAGUGAUUUCCGAAAUCAUUGAUGCAAACCUUGCAGACCAUCUGUCAGAAUUGCUCAGCAUGCAGCCUGUGCUCUGUCAUGGUGAUCUGUGGUCAAUGAAUAUGAUAUGGAAAAAAGGGGAUCGAGGACCAGAGCUUGCUGCUUUUGUGGACUUCCAGGGAGCGCAUUUUGGCUGUCCAACUACAGACAUCGUACGACUCCUAACCGCUUGCCUCAGCGCGAAAGAUCGACGAGAAAACUGGGAAAUGCUUUUGAGCACCUUCUACUCGUACUUGCAGGAUGAGGUUGGAGAUGGUGAAAUGCCUUAUAACAUGGAGCAGCUGAAACAAGCAUAUCGGCUUUAUUUUCCAUUAGGUGCAUUCCUGAUUGUUCCUAUGAUUGGCCCUUUGUUUGCAAUGGCCGGUAGUAGUGACGAUGUUGAGUACAAAAAGCGGGUCCAAAAAGUGAUAUUCGAGAAGACUAAAGGACUUCUGGAUGGCAUACUUACUUUUCACGAAGAAAACAAGAGCAUGAAGAUUGAACCACAAAAUUAACUCGUCACACUUCAGAACUCCUCACUUUGCGUACCCAGACUUGCUUUUAUUUCGUCCGAAACUGCUAGUGUAGAGGUCCGCAUUUAGUUUUUAGCACUUUAUGUCUGCAUUGAGAUAGCUUAUUAUUAGU